AGAGCAGCUCGAAAAGCUGCAGGAAGGAGUGAAGACAGAGCGGCUCCCACUCUCAGUUCGGACUGCAGUCUUACUGUGCAUUGUUCCUGGAAACAGCCCUUUCUUGAAUUGUAGAUGAUGCUGUUUGGGCCAAUCCUGCUGUUUACCUGCAUUCUUGGGGGUUCCUGUGCUCUGAAUGCUUUUGCCCCCCAGCAUGGCUCCUCUGAUCCCUGCUACGAUGAAGGAGGGCAGCCUAAACGUUGCAUUCCUGAUUUUGUCAAUGCUGGCUUUGCCAGGGAGGUACAGGUGUCCAGUACAUGUGGGAGGCCUCCAAAUAGAUAUUGCUUCUUUAAUGAGAAGAUGGGCGUGAAGACUAAGAUGUGUCAAACCUGUGAUGCUUCAGAUCCCAGGAACGCUCACCCUGCCACCUACCUGACUGAUUUAAACAACGCUCACAACCUCAGCUGUUGGCAAUCGGAAGAGUUUUAUAAUCCUCUGCACAAUGUUACUCUCACCCUCUCUCUCAAUAAGAAAUUUGAAAUCACUUAUGUCAGUUUGCAGUUUUGCUCUCCUCGGCCAGAAUCUAUGGGAAUAUUUAAAUCGAUGGACUAUGGGAAGAACUGGGUUCCUUUUCAGUAUUAUUCCUCGCAGUGUCGGAAAAUGUAUAAUAAGCCAAACAAAGCAAUAAUUUCCAAGCAGAAUGAGCAAGAAGCUCUAUGCACAGAUGGAUACACUGACCUCUACCCUUUGACAGGGGGACUGAUCGCAUUCAGUACCCUCGACGGGCGUCCCUCUGCCCAAGACUUUGACAACAGUCCAGUUCUCCAAGACUGGGUGACAGCCACAGAUAUUCGGGUGGUCUUCAGCAGACCUCACCCCCAGCGGGACCUGGACAGACAUUACAGUGGCAGAGAUGGGAAGGAGGAGGAGGCGAGUAUGAUGAGAGAGUCCUACCAUUAUGCAGUGGCUGACUUGCAGGUCGGUGGGCGCUGCAAGUGUAAUGGGCAUGCUUCACGUUGUGUCAAGGACAAAGAAGGGAAUCUGAUCUGUGACUGCAAACACAACACUGCUGGCCCAGAGUGCGACAAGUGCAAACCCUUCCAUUAUGACCGACCGUGGCAGAGAGCAACUGCUCGAGAGGCGAACGAGUGCUUGGCUUGUAGCUGCAACCUGCACGCCCGGAGGUGCCGAUUCAACAUGGAGCUGUACAAACUCUCUGGCCGAAAGAGUGGAGGUGUUUGCCUAAAUUGUCGACACAACACUGCAGGUCGACAUUGCCAUUACUGUAAGGAAGGAUUCUACCGAGACCUCACCAAGGUUAUUACUCAUCGAAAGGCAUGCAGAGCUUGUGACUGUCAUCCUGUUGGUGCUGCUGGUAAAACCUGCAAUCAGACGACAGGACAGUGUCCAUGCAAGGAUGGUGUGACUGGCAUCACAUGCAACCGCUGUGCUAAGGGUUACCAGCAGAGCCGAUCUCCAGUUGCUCCUUGUAUCAAAAUCCCAACUGUGUCCCCACGAUGGGUGGCUAGUAGCACAGAGGAGCCUGCAGACUGUGAAUCCUACUGCAAACCUGUGAAAGGAAACCUGAAGAUCAACAUGAAAAAAUACUGCAAGAAAGACUAUGCGGUUCAGGUUAAUGUUCUGGAUAUGGAGACAGUGAGUGAAUGGGCAAAGUUCACCGUGAAUAUUGUGUCAGUUUAUCGAAGCAGGGAUGAGAAGAUAAAACGGGCAGACCAGUUCCUGUGGAUUAAUAUGAAAGACUUGGCAUGCAAGUGCCCAAAGAUCCAAAUGACCAAAAAGUACCUAGUGAUGGGGAACAUUGACAGCGUGUCUGAGAGGCUUGGAGGCCUUGUGGCUGAUAAGAACAGCCUCGUCAUUCAGUGGCGGGAUGUGUGGACAAGAAGACUUCGGAAAUUCCAACGCAAAGAGAAAAAAGGGAAAUGUGGGAAAGCCUGAUCAACUCAUUCAGAAAAAAAAAACUCUGUGAGAAGCAUCAUGGGCCACAAUGUAAAUACACUUUGGGUUCAAAAUAUUUACCUUUCAGAACAGGCUGAAGGGCGUUAAACUGUAAGGAGGGAACUAGAGGCAGGAAACAACAUGAUAUUCAGCUUAGCACAUUACACAAGUUGUUGGCUGAAUAUGCUUUUCAGAUUGCUUAAUCCUUUUCUAAAUGUGGUCAUGAGUCUCUUUCUCUGGGGUGAAGGUCAGGCCGCUACAGAAGCUUUGUUGUCUGAUCACAGAGCCCGGUACUAUCUAACAGAAGGACAUACUCACCAUGUCCUACCCAUUAGUUGGCUGGCUAUCCCCAUUGAAGUCCACCAUACCUCUGUUUUUGCCUGUUAUGACUAACAUAUGAGACAAAACGUGGUGGUCUAUGUAAGCCUGACAGCUGUGCUGAACACAGAGUGUAAAUAUGGACAGGUUCCAGGACUUUUAUAAGCAGACAAAGCAUUUGGCAUGCAGCAAGUUAUCUGUUAACAUUGUGUAUUUCGAACUGUGAUUUGAAAAUAUCCAAUUUCAAU